CUUCUAAAAGAGUGAAAAUGGCUGACACAGUUGAUAAAAUAGCGUUAUCGAAAGAGUGGCAUAGUCAAAUCAGACGGUUUGGUUACGCCACAUGCAAGAUUGGAGAAUGUAAUCUCUCCUUCCUAUCAAUAACCGGAAUCAGAUCCCAUGUUUGGAAGUGUUCCGGAAUUCCCAUGAACCUAGGAACUUAUGUUUCUUGUGAAAUAUGUGGUGUUCAGUUUUCUCAAUAUCACAAUGUUGUUAUACACAAGAUGAGAAAUCACGAAGGGGAUAAAUCUCCAAAUCUGAAGUCCGAAGAUCCUGCUUUAGAUGAAAUAAUUGAUGAAAAGAAUGAUUUUAUCAGUAGUAAACACCAGUCAACUCCUAGAGUACCUAACUGUGGUCCUGGAAGAAUGUUUCAGCAAGCAGAGCGGAAGAUUUCCCCUAUAAAGCCUGCUGAACCUCUAAACCAUCAUGGGUUUGUUAAUUAUCAAAAUCCUGGUCUGGGGGGGAGUAGUAUUACUACAGAGGGAUACAGAGAACAGGUUCAGUUCUGUAGUACUAAUCAAUCAGAUAAUAACUAUAGCGGAGUCUCAGCUUCAAACCUGACUAACCAGCUCAACCAGCAAACUUUUAUUCCAUAUCAGCUCCCUGCAACAACAGCCUUCUACAACAACCCUUUAUCCACAACCGUAACAAGCCAAAAUCCGGUGUCAUUGAAUACAGUUGAGCCCAAGCAACCUGGUCCUAAAAUCUAUUCCGGUGGAAUCCGACCAAACAAAAAGAUUAUAGGAUCAUUUGUACGUGCCAAUCUUGGAAAUAAAAGUGAUCUACUAAAAGUUAGAAAACAGGACGGAACCAUAGUCUGGUUACGCAACUGUCCUAAAUCUAGUGCUGCCAACAUGCCAACUCGUUUAACUCCGGUUGCAAAAUCUAGUAUUUCCGGACAAAUUCGUUUUGUCCCAAACCCCGCCAUAGUUCACAUAUCAACUCCCGUGAAUAUUCCGAUUUCAACGACUUAUUCCGGGUUUACCUCGACUCCUGGUUUAAGACCAGGCCUCACCUCUAUAUCUAGUCUGUCUUCAACAUCCUAUUCUAUUAAAUCAAGUGGAACAACUGCGAGCUCUCAGGGUAUUCCUGUAACCAAUAAAACAUCCAUCCAGGCUCAAAGUAAUUUUCAAUCCCAGAGCUCCAAUUUUCCAUUAAAUUCCAUGAAACAGCAGAAUUUUAAAAUCAACUCUACAGUUUCAACUCAACCAUCCCUAACUUAUCCUUCUCAGGGGGCUAAAUAUACUCAUUACAAGAAUAGUAUCAUCCAGCGUACACUUUCUACUAGGCCUACUCAGACACUGCCGUCAGCCGUGCCGUGUCCUUUGAUAGUCCUAAGCAGUGGGGGUUCACUAGACACGUCUCAUGACGCAACAAUAGAGCAAUCACAAACUUUAAGACAGAAUUUAUCUUUGAAUGAAGAAAGUGUAUCCGGUAUCAAACCUCUUAGUUCCGAAUCUGAGUCUCAAAGUAUAGUUGAACCUUCCGGUAGUGAUACUAAGUUCGGAGGAAAACCAGGUUCAGAGGAUUCAAAAUCCUGGCUGAACGGAAACAAUUCGGAUUUUACUGCGUCCUCCAAACAGUUCUUACAGUCCAGUAGCUCUUUAGUUUCUGGUUUGGAUAAAAAGGAAUCGCCUAUAUCUCAACGGGAAAAAGAACUUCUGGAGAAGGAAGCUAAGAUAAUAGAGUUUGAGAAUAUGGUCCGCGAAACCGUCCUCAGAGCAAAACAGAUCAAGAAAGAGCGUGAGUUGAAGGAAAGGGAGAAGAGACUGAGAGAAAAAGAAGAUCAAUUACGACAAAGAGAAGAAGAAGCAAGGAAGGAGUUGGAGGAAGCUAGAAAACUUAUAGAAGAAGAUGGAGGAACAGUAGAUGAAGAUGAUGUUAUUUUACCACAAACUUCAAACUUUUAUAUUCCCUCUACCCGUGGAAACUGGAAUAUCGAAGAUGAACAGGUUACAUUGACGAGAGAAGAACUAGAGGAAUUGGAUCCUGCCAAGCGACCAAAGAAUGCUGUGAUAGUUGAAAGUUCGAAGAGUCUAGGAUCCAUAUCAGGAACCUCUGAAUCCUGCAGUCCACCGCGCCAGUUCCCAGAUGCAUCCGGAGACUUUGGUUCAUCCUUUCAAACUGAUCAGUCCGUUUUUCCGAUCAGGGAAGGGACAAAUAAAACCCAAGAUAAUUUUUCCGACAAUCUCCCUCCUCCUUCUCCAUCAGAUGAAGUAUGCAGUCCGACCCAACCUAGUUCUUCAAAUUUAUUUUGUGAUAAUUUUAUGAAUAAAUCAACAGAUUCGAGAAUAUCGAAUGAAAAAUCAAACCUAGUUCGAGAUAAAGGAGAAGACGGUAACAAAUCAUCCACAACUUCAAGUGAUAUUAUCCCUGACCUUGCUGAUUCAAGUGGAGUUCUCCAGAGGGAAUGUAUUUCUUCUUGGAAGGAUCAAGAUGAACCUGUUGAUCUAUCCAAACCUAGAACCGUGAGCCCAUCUGAUAUUCAAGUUACCAACCCAACCAAUACCCAAACAGACGUAGAGAAACAAUCAUUAUCGAAUUCCGCGACGGAAGGUAUUCCAGUUGCGGAGAAAAUAAAAUUAAACAAUAUGUGUGAGAUGAAUUAUAUCGGAGAUAGUUUAGUUAUUCCAUUCCCGGAGUUUGAUGACGGAAAUCUGAAGGAUUUACUCGAAAACUCAGAUGGAAGGAUGGUCUAUCUUACUUUAUCUCCAGAUGGGAAGCAUCUCCACCUUCCAGAACCAUCAGCGGCUCCGGGUUCAAUCCAACCAACCAAAAUAUCAAAUGGAGAAAAUCAGUUUUCUAAGGACACAGACUCUGUAUUAGAUACUGUUGCAAAACACUUAGUCAGAGAAGAAGAGGACGAAUCGAUAGGAAAACGAAUUUGCAGAGAAGAAGAUUUAGAAAACGAUAAACACAUAGUGAGAGAGGAUAGUAUCGAUAUAGCUGAACCUUCAAUUAGAGCAGAGGCUUCUGGUUUUGCAGAAUUAGAACCUGGUACAGCUCUGUCCAGUGAAAGCGAAAAAACUUAUCAAGAAGAUGAAAUUUCUAAUCAUAAAGAAACAAUUUGUGAAACAAGAUCGUCUCCUAGAAAGGUACUAUUAUGUCAAAACGAUCCCGAGAUUGAAAGGAAUAAAGGGGAACAGCCACCUGAUAUUUCUAAUAAGAUCUUAAAGGAAGGAUUGAGCUGGGUUCACCAAGAUGUACCAUUAAAUGUAGACGAUGAAGAUAAUGAUUCGUAUGAAGACAGUAUUCAAAAUUAUCAAAGAGAAAUUGACCAAUUCAGUGAAAGACUAGAAUCCUCCUCAGUAGAACCCAGCCCGAACCAUGAUGUUCUAGAAACUCUAAAUUCAUGUUGUCAAUCUCCAGAUAGAUUUGAUGAUUCGACCCUUAACAUACCCCAGACCGAGCUUGAACCCAACCUAACUGGGGAAAAUGAUCACGACCAGACCCAUGCAGCUGACAAUGAAAUGAUUACAGAAACCUUAGAGAACAUAGAUACUGAAGAUGAUAUUAAUGUUGAUGACAUUGUUGAUCUUCUCGAUGAUGGUGUUAAUACUAACCAUGAAGACUCCAUAGUACCUGAAGAGGAUUUAGAUGUCAGAAAACCCCCAAAGAAAAUUCCAAGGAAGAAAAAAAAAUCUAAUUUACAAAAAGAUAAAAACUCUGAUGCAAACCCUAGUCCAAAAAAACUGAAAACAAGUUCUCGAAAACAUAUUUCUGGACAAUCUGAUCUCGAGGAGAUGGAAGUGGAAAAGAAAACGCCUCGGAAAAAGAAGGAGACCAAGAUUAAGAAGGAAAAGUUUGUAACACUUCGGGAUCGACGAAAUAUAACCGUGCUGGACGCCGCUGACUGUAACUCUAGCUCAAGAAGAUCUCUAAGAAUAUCGUUGAAAAAAGACACUAAUUCCCCUAAGAGUCAGGGAAAAGAAAACGCUGAAAAGAAAGAAAAGCGACUGGCUAAGGAUAAGAAUUCGUCCAUUGACGAAUUUCUGGACAGUGAUCACGAAGUAGAAAAAAAGAAAAAUAAGAAAGGUGUGAGAAUAAAAAGCGAAAUAGCAACUAAGAAGAAUAAAAGAAUCCUAGUUGUGUCAGAAGAUGAGUUGAAGGACUCCAGGGACACUAAAAUAUCUAAACUUCAUGAGGAUAUCCCGGAGUAUGGUAAACGUAAGCGAGCUGCUGCAUGUGUAGCUGAGAAGAAGUUCCAAAUGAUAUCCAGGGAUAGGAGUCCGGGAGAUCUAUCAGAUAUAUCCCUUCAGGGCUCAGAGGAUUCAGAGGAUGUAUUUGAUAUCAGCAAAGAGUUUAAUCCAAAGAAGAUUUACAAAUUGUUCACGAAUAAUGAAGGGGAAAGAAUGUUCCGAUGCCUGCUCUGCUCUGAGGUGUACAACAAGAAGGAGAAGAUCAUUGAUCACUCAAUGCGGGAACAUGAUAUUGAAUUGUUUCCAGCUCAAGUGAAUGGGAUGAAUAAAUAUGGAAUUGAUUUCUCAGACGGAUAUAGUGAUGAGGAGUACACGGAGAAAACUAAGUUUAAGAAGACUAAUGGAAGAGCUGGAAGUCCUCUCAACUCCCUGGAUCCAGAUACAGAGUUUAUGGUGAACGAAGCCAAGUAUAGAAAGGAUAACUUCUCAACCAACAGAGUUACCGGGACCAGGGACUCUAGAUCUAUCUCAGAACCUUUGAUAAAUGAAGAUGAAUUCUUUCCUAAGGAAACCACCUCCGUCAGGUUUCAGCUUAAUCGCUCAGAGUCGAGUAGUGUUGAUAACUAUACCCUGAGCAGGUUUGAAUCUAAGAUAUUGAACGGGACGGGCAUAAUCUUCUCUGGAGGUCCUGUCUGGGCCAUGUCAUGGGUUCCUCAGCCUUCAUUCAAACCUACACAAUAUCUCGCUGUCUCCACACAUCAUGAUCACAAGGAGACCUUGUACAGCUCAGAAUUGAUUGAACCUGGUUUUAUUCAGCUCUGGAGGGUUGUAAUAGACCCAGAUCAAAACAUAUCUGAAGAUCCCAAACUUAUACUUGGAAUAGCUCACUCCUACGGAAAAAUUUGGGAUCUUGAAUGGUGUCCGUCUGGAAGAUGGGAGGAAUCAAUAUCUUUGGGAGAUUUAGCGGCAGCCUGCUCCGACGGAACAGUUAGAAUUUUUGAAGUUCGAUUCCCGAAAAAAGGUCGAAAGUUUGUUAGAUUAUCAGCAAGUAAAUCAUUGUUUCCCAGUGAACAGAGCCAGGGACACUGUUUAUCCGUCUCCUGGUACCGUGGCCCCAAGCAUAGGUAUAUCGCUGGGUCGUUUGUGAGUGGGUUGGUUUGUGUAUGGGAUCUAGAGUCUGAAUCCUCCCUGACAAAGACUCUUAAGGGAACCCUUCCAAUUCUCUCCUGGACCGCUCAUGCAUCCACUGUGAAUGGGAUUUCUUUAGCCUCCUCGUCGACGGAGUUCCCCGAGUACUGUGCAACCGGAGGGUCGGAUAGAAGUUAUAGGUUCUGGGAUCUCAGGGAUACAUGUUCUCCUAUACAGGAGGUGAAGAGAGGUCUGGUGACCAGGGUAGACUGGAUACCUGGUCUUCAUGCUGCAGCAGUUUGUCAUGAUGAUGUUUACCUACAAGCUCACACACAAACCUUGAUCUCAGAGACAGGCGUCACCAAGAAUGCGUCCCAACCUGUUAUUGGUCAAAACUCUUGUAUAUGGGAUCAAAGUGUAUCCCCUUGGUUGGGCGCGUUGGCUGUAUGUAGCUCCGCUGGAGAGCUGGUUAUAUACAUGAUGCCAGACAGGAACAAGUCCGUAGAUCAGAAUAGAUCCAGCGGGAAACGAAGAGCAUACGUUUAUAUGACUAAAAACAUCACCGAGGAUGAUAAAAGUGAAACUGGAUCUAAUGACAAGGAUGAUAUUAGUAAAUUCAACUUAAGUUUUAUUGAUCUCCUUGAUUCUUUGAAUGCCUCCUCUAACGAGAAGGAGUUAAAGCGUAAGGUAAGGUACUCGGAGAAGAUGUGCGAAGAGAAUCUUCUAAACUAUCCUAUCUGUAGUUUGAAUAGGGUUGAGUGGAAUAUGAACCUAGGAUCUCAUCUUCUCCUGGCUAGCGGGGGACAGUCGGGUCUAGUUAGAAUACAUUCACUGACUUUCCUUAACACAGACAAACUUCAAUCCACAAUGAAUGCAUCAACAAGUAACUCAGAAUUCUAAUCUAUAGAAAUCAUUGUUAUUAAGUGAACCUUAGAUAAAAUAGUUCAUUGUUAUAUACCAUUAAACUUACUGUGGCCUUGUUAUGUAAAUCUGUUUAAAUUAUGCAAAUGACGUUUAAAAGAAAGAAGUAUAUAUUUAUUUUAAUUUUCUUAAAAACUUAUCUUAAAGUAUGAUAUUUUAUGUAUCAGUAAUGUGCUAAUAACAAAUUUAAGUUUAAAAAUAUUUUUGUAAAUCUGACAGGUGACUCUCGUAAAAGGUUGGCUUGAGCGAUUUUUUAAAAUUAAAAUUAAUUUCAAGAAUAUUCUAGUGUACCUUAAAAACGCAUUGUUAAUGAAAGUGUUUCAAUUUUAAGUUUCUAGAGCUUCUCAGAUUCCUCAGAUGUGGCUUCAUCUAAAACUAGAAAUCUUACACCACCACAGGAUUCAUAUAAUGAAAUGAAAUAACGAUGAUAAGUUUGUGAAAAUAUAUUAGCUGCACGAA